AUGGCGUCGGGCUGCAAGUGUGCUUGUUUUAGGGAAACAAGCUCAGAAGAAGCUUCGCCUCUGGUCUACGAAGGUGUUAGCGAUCCAGAAGGCAUAUAGGAUGGUGAAGAAAGUGAAGUAGACUGCCUUCUCGUCAAUGAAGGUGAGUGAGAAUACAAUACGACGCCGCGCAUGUCACGAGCAAGUCGGAACAUAUGUCCUCGAACUGCGGGAAAAUGUGAUCUUUAUCCUCUCGUUACGCUUGAAUUCUUGCUUAUUGCGUCAAAAGAUUUUUCUUAGUUCGCAUUUGGGGGUGAAUAACUCUGUAAUAUUGUUUAGAAAUGUUGUUUUGGGGCAUCACUGUGAAAAGACUCGAUUUAGUCUUAAAUUACUUCGAAAAUGCAUCAUGUUACUACCAGUACUACGGAUACCCCUGGAUAUGGGAGUGUGAAACAAAGGAAAAUAAAAUUUGAACCCAGGAUAAANUCUAUACCUCAUAGCUUUUCGUACAAUCAUGAAAGACUAUCCGGCACAGAACUGGAACAAGUCGUCGACACACAUCGAACAUCGUGACGAAGCGGCAAGUUGGCCGAGAGGUUUUGGUGCACUAAAUCCCAGUCCUUACUUCUGACAAACUUUUGUGUCUCAGUGGCCCUUCCUUUCCUCGCUCCUUUUUAUCGUUUUAAGAAAUCUUCUCAUUUUUCUAAAAUAUUUGCAUAGAUAACGCCUCGCCGUAGGGUUAAAGAGUAAUUAUGUCAAUCUUGUCACGCACUGCAAUUUAUUGGUCCAUGGACCAAUAACCAAAAAAUCCAUAUCACAUGCGCGUUACAUCCGGUUGACAUCAAACUUGGCACAGAAGAAUUUUGUAUCACUGGUCAUGUUUCGUGGCAAUUGGUUGGAUAAAUUAUUUAGCCCGAUUUUUAUUAUGCACAAUUGAUCGUGAGAGUAAUGGCGUCGGGCUGCAAGUGUGCUUGUUUUAGGGAAACAAGCUCAGAAGAAGCUUCGCCUCUGGUCUACGAAGGUGUUAGCGAUCCAGAAGGCAUAUAGGAUGGUGAAGAAAGUGAAGUAGACUGCCUUCUCGUCAAUGAAGGUGAGUGAGAAUACAAUACGACGCCGCGCAUGUCACGAGCAAGUCGGAACAUAUGUCCUCGAACUGCGGGAAAAUGUGAUCUUUAUCCUCUCGUUACGCUUGAAUUCUUGCUUAUUGCGUCAAAAGAUUUUUCUUAGUUCGCAUUUGGGGGUGAAUAACUCUGUAAUAUUGUUUAGAAAUGUUGUUUUGGGGCAUCACUGUGAAAAGACUCGAUUUAGUCUUAAAUUACUUCGAAAAUGCAUCAUGUUACUACCAGUACUACGGAUACCCCUGGAUAUGGGAGUGUGAAACAAAGGAAAAUAAAAUUUGAACCCAGGAUAAAAUUGAACAACAACAUACCGUAAAGUUCCGAAAAUAAGCCCCGGGGCUUACAUUUUUCAAAGGCCCUUUUUGCGGGGCUUAUAUUCGGAGGGGCUUAUGUACGGAGGGAGAUUUGAAUUGGGCUAGCUUGUAGUGGGAAGGAAAUUUACCAUUUUUGCAUUGUUUUACUUUGUAUUCGAGGGCAAAUUCCAAGUACAAGCCCUUCAGGGGGCUUAUAUUCGGAGGGGCGAUUUAACGGAGGGUUUUUUGCGUUACGAUUCUGGGGGGCUUAUAUUUGGAGGGGCUUAUUUUCGGAAUUUUACGGUAUGCAUUCUCAUUAUGGCACAUAGAUGGGAAUCAUAAGUCAGGGGCGGAUCUAGGGGGAGGGUGCAGGGGGUGCGCACCCCUCCCUGAGAUAACCUGCGGUUUUCUAAUACAACAGGUAUUCUGCAAAAAAAAAAAAGAAGAACUAUGUGGUUUAUUGGUGUUGAAGUAGAGCAAGAGACGAGUGCACCCCCUCCUAAAAAAAAUCCUGGAUCCGCCCCUGUAAGUUGAUAAGGUACUGAUAAAGAUACCUGUUGUACAGUGUUCAUUGUCAUAGUUUCUCCUCAGUGAUCUUGUGCCUGGGACUAUAAGUAACAGUCAUGUAUUGUUGAAGUUAAACACAAUCAAACUUCUGCUACUGGACACCUGUUGUAAACACACACACCUUUUCUCCUAAAAGCAAACACUGCAUAAUGUAAACUGUGGCCACAACACCAGCUAAUGCAAGACUUUUUAGACCGUGUUUUAACUAGAAUUUAAGACAUUAUACAUUGAUCAUGAUGGAUAACUGUUUCCCUUUCCUCAUCCUUUUUUAACCCCUUGCUGGUAAAUCCAGACAUGCUUAAGGUUGCCUUUACAGGGGCUUUUAUUUCUUGUUAAAAGUCAUUCUUGUAUGUAAAUUAAGGGUUUUUUUCAACAGAUGGAGAAUUGUUAUCCACGGAGGAAUUGAUGGCUUUUCUCGAAUCCCAGUCUAUUUGAAGGCCUCAAAUAACAACAAAGCAUUGAGCACUGUUCUUUCAUGCUUUCGUGAAAUUGUAUCAGAGUACGGCCUUCCAUCUCGGGUCCGCUCUAAGAAAGGAGGGGAGAAUGCAAAUGUAGCAACCUAUAUGUUUACUCACAUCCAGCGAGUGCCAGACAGAGGAAGUAUGAUAACAGGUACAAAGUACUGA